AUGAUCGAGAAUGAGAAAGGUCGCUUCAUGAAGCUGACGAUGGGCCCUAUCCUGAUUCCAGCUUCUGAGUUUGCCGACAAGUUCUCCCAGGACACUGAGUCUCUGUGGGCCGCCAACGGACCUAAUGCUACCAAAGCUUCCACCACCUCUACCACCGAUGACAAGGGCACCAAGUAA